GCAUCUCAUCCCCACCCCGUCUCCCCCCCAUUGGCCCCCCUUCUUCCUCUCAUCUCCUCCCUUGCUCUAUUUCCCCCACUGCUCCCCCUCACUUCACCCUCUUCAUCCUCUCAUUUCCCUUACUGCUCCCCCUCAUUUCCACCGGCUCUCCCCCACUUCUUCCCCCCAGUUCUGCCGGCUUCUCGCGUCACCAACUGAACGCGUCACCAGCAAUUUUUACACGAGCAAUUUCACCUGUGCAUGAACAGCAAUGUGCAACCUACUUGGCCUCAACUCCCCCGUUGCAUGGCUAG